AGCCGGGGCGGACGGGAGGAGGGGGCUGUGCGGUGUGCAGGACACACACAUGCCCUCACGUCGCCUUCCUCUCCCUGCUGGGCUGCGCUCUCCUGCAGCGCGAGUGAGGGCUGUGGCAUCUGAUGAUUCAGCUGGGGAAAUCCUGGAGAUGUGGUAUAAUGACUGUAUUCUUGGAUUCUAGAGUGUAAACCUCAUAAGGACAUAAACCAUCAGCUCAGAGGACCGUGUGCCAAUCAGACGAGUCCUGGAGGAGAUUUUGCAAGGGUUUACCAUGUGACUAAGGGUACUCACUGCAUGUCAGAUGGUCUCUCCAAGCCAACAGUGAUGGAGUCAAUUGAUGAAGCUGAUGGACAGCAAGGACAGCAAAGUGGGAAGGAACAAUCCCAGAAAGCCUCACCGAGAACUCUGCAGCAUGGCUGGGCUGCCUGGUGGAAUGGAUUAACGACAGGAGGCGGCGUAUAUUUGUUCGCCCUCUUGCAGAUAUUGCUUUUCUGCAUGAUGUUAUGGUACAGUGGUUUUGGGACAAUCCCAACUGCUCAGAAUGCCUUUGACCUGCUGUCCUACUUGCUAACACCAUUUGAACAGUUCAUCUCAGAUCCAGGAGAGGACCUGACCAGAGUUGGAAGCAUUGCGAUGUUAUAUUUCCUGCUGUCUUUAGUUUCGCUAGGAUUGUUACUCAUAGGAACUCUGAUUUGGUAUCUUGUGAAAACCCAUCCGGAUCCCCCCUUUCCCCUACCAGAGGACAGGCGUCAGUCUGUGAGCCGCCAGCCUUCAUUCACAUACUCAGAGUGGACAGAGGAUAAAAAUGAGGAUGAUUUUCUAGAUUUCGAUCCAGUGCCAGAGACGCCGGUCUUUGACUGUGUGAUGGACAUCAAAGCAGAGACAGAUCCAGCGACUCUGACAGUUAAAUCAGUGGGAUUGCAAGAAAGGAGAGGUUCAAAUGUUUCACUCACGCUGGACAUGUGUACCCCAGGCUGUUCUGAGCAAGUUUUCGGCUAUGUCAUGUCACCAAGAGAACAAUCGGCCCGAGAAUACCUACAAACGGCAUCGAACAUUCUUACCGCAGAGGAGCUACACAAGAAAGCAUUAGACCCUUUCAUACUCCAGACAGAGUUUUUUGAAAUCCCAAUGAACUUUGUUGAUCCAAAGGAAUAUGAUAUUCCAGGAUUAGUGCGGAAGAAUCGCUACAAAACAAUUCUCCCAAAUCCUCACAGCAGAGUGUGCCUUACCUCAACUGAUCAGGACGAUCCUCUUAGCUCAUAUAUCAAUGCUAACUACAUCAGGGGCUAUGGAGAAGAGGAAAAGGUAUAUAUUGCUACUCAGGGACCCAUAGUUAAUACUGUCAGUGAUUUCUGGAGAAUGGUGUGGCAGGAGCGUUCUCCCAUCAUUGUCAUGAUUACCAAUAUAGAAGAGAUGAAUGAGAAAUGUACAGAGUACUGGCCAGAGGAACAGGUCACCUAUGAAGGAAUAGAAAUCACAGUUGACCAGGUCAUACAAGCAGAUGAUUACCGAUUAAGACUCAUCACCCUGAAGAAAGGUGGUGAAGUAAGAAACCUGCGACAUUACUGGUAUACAUCCUGGCCAGACCAAAAGACACCAGAUCAAGCACCAGCCCUCUUACAACUGGUGCGGGAAGUGGAAGAGGCCAUGCAAUGUGCAGAAGAAAAGAAUGCCCCAGUCAUUGUCCACUGCAGUGCAGGGAUUGGGAGGACUGGCUGCUUUAUUGCCACCAGCAUUUGUUGUAAACAGUUGAAGUACGAGGGGAUAACUGACAUACUGAGAACAACCUGCCAGUUACGGCUAGACAGUGCUUCACAUCAGCCAAAGGAUACAGAAGGAUCCACUGAUGGUCUGAAAACUCAUAGUAGGGCUCUACCAGGACCUACCCAGUCUUUGAGCAAGCAGAGGGAGAUUCACACGCAUACUCAGAGGUGCAGAAGUCAAGAUAUUUUCAUCAUGGCAACCACAGUCAUGCAAAUGGAAACCAUGGUCCAGCAACAUCACUCCAUUAAAGUCUCCAGCUCCCAGAUGCAACGUAUGUCUCAGACCACCAAGAUUGUGGGAGAGGAAGUUGUUUCUAGGAAAUCUUCUACCACUGUGGAGUACUUCAGCAUGGUGACACGCUCCUUUGAGAUCCCUUUAGGAGAAAGCAUCCCUGAAUUUGUGGAGAAGCCUCAUCCACUGACAGCCCCUGAGGGAGACAAAGCAGUAUUUCGAGCUAAAGUGAAAGGUAACCCCAAGCCCAAUGUAACAUGGAAAAGAGAAAGUGGGAUACCAAUAAAAGAAGGUUCAAAAGUGUUUUUUGAUAGUAUCAAUAAGGAGUUUGUGCUAAAGCUGGAGUCCCUCACCGCAGAUGAUGCUGAUAACUAUAAGUGCAUCGUUUCCAAUGACCAUGCUGAUAUUAUCUACACUGUGUCCUUGAUUGUGACUGAAAGUCAAGAAAAGUUGGAUUUCAAAAAAAUGCUUAAAAAACGGGGCCCUCCUGCUCCAAAGAAGAAAGCGAAGAAGGUGACUGAUGAGAAGGAAAUGCUUGAAAUCCUCUCCAAGGUGCCGAAAAAGGACUUUGAGAAGGUCUGCAUGGAAUACGGCUUCACCGACUUCCGUGGCCUCCUCAAGAAGCUAAAGGAGAUGAAGAAGAAAGUGGAGGUUGAGGCAGUCAAAGUUCUAAAACCUCUUGAGGAUGUCUCAGCUAAAGUGGAUUCCACAGCUAUAUUUGACACCAUUCUGGAACUGAGGGACCCCAAUACUAAGAUGACAUGGUAUAAGGGUAAUGAUCCCUUGCGUAUUCAGUACUGCCUAGGAAAAUAUGAAAUAAAGCAGAUGGGUACAAAGUAUAUGCUGUACGUCUUAAAUGUGAAUGAAAAAGACUGGGGCACCUACAGUCUAAUUGUAGCUGACAAGAAACUCUCAGCACAACUGAAAGUGAUAGAUGAGCCCCUAAAGUUCCUGGCAGAACUGAAGCCACUGAAAGUGACAGAAAGGCAGACAGCAGUGUUUGAAAUCCGCCUGUCCAAAAAAGUGCCCAAUUUCACCUGGAAGUUCAAUGGGAAGGAGCUGAAGCGGGACGACAAAUAUGAGAUCAUCACAUCUGACGAUGGAUUAACCCACACAUUGAAAAUUAAGGAUGUUCGGCCCAGCGACAUUGGAGAGUUUAGCGCCCAGGCUGGGGAUCUGGUGCAGAAAGCGCCACUCUUCAUUGAACGAAUUCCAAUUAAAUUUGUCAGCAACCUGAAGAAUGUCCGAGUCAAGGAGAAGGGGAAAGCUUGCCUGGAGUGCGAGCUGACCUCUAAAGAUGUUACGCUGAAGUGGAUGAAGGAUGGGAGAGUGAUUGAGAGGUCUGACAAAUACAGCAUGACACAUGAAGGGAAGAGGGCAGAGCUGAUCAUUGACGAUGCUGAGCUGAGUGACUCAGGAGAGUACACAGUGGUUGCUAUGCAAGAUAAUGACCCAACAGAGUACUACAGCACUUCCAAUGUAACUGUGGAAGAGAGAUUUGCUACAGUCAAGAGCGGUAUGUCUGAUGUUCAGGCUCCAACUGGGAACCCAGCAGAGCUCUGCGUUGUCCUCAAUGAUGAGAAGGUAGAGGGAGUUUGGCUGAAGGACGGAAAAGAGAUCACGGAUAUGACAGGGAUCCAGAUAGUCAAGCAGGGAGCUGUCCACAAAUUGAUCAUUGACAAAAUGGGAGAGGAACAUGAAGGGAAGUACACGUUCAGAGCCAAGGGGGCAGAAAGUGAGGCCACCGUUGCCAUUGCAGAUGUUCCUGUCAUUGACCCAUCUGUGCUGGAGCUUUUGGCUGCACACCCAGUGACUGUGAAGGCCGGGCAUACAGCAUACAUCAAGGUCCCAUUCAAGGGAAAGCCACUGCCAAAAAUCACCUGGUUCAAGGAUGGUAUUGAGGUGACAGAAGAAGAGCGGGUUGUGGUGGAAAAAGCCAGUGACUAUGCAACGCUCACAAUCAAAAAGUGUGUAAGAGAAGACAGUGGAAACAUUAUGCUGAAGCUGAAAAAUGAUUGUGGUUCAGCUGUUGCUAAUAUGUUUCUCAACGUUGUUGACAAACCAAAACCACCGCAGGGUAAAGUGGAAUUUCUAGAGCGUACGGGAAAAUGCAUUAAAAUGAAAUGGAAAGCACCCAGAGACAAUGGAGGAAAGCAAGUGACCCACUUCAUCAUUGAAAAGAAGAUGGCUGGGAAAAAGUCCUGGAUCAAAAUUGGGGAAACUGACAGCAAACAAACCACAUUUGCCACUGAUAAGGUAGAGGAAGGUAAAGCCUAUCAGUUCAGAAUCAUUGCUGUCAAUGCAGAAGGUCUGAGUGAUCCACUGGAGACAGAAGAAAUCUUUGCUGGAGAACCUAUUGAGCCCCCUGGACUGGCAUCUCAACCUCAAGUUACAGAUGUUACCAAGGAAGCUGUCACCAUCACCUGGAACCCUCCAGCACAGGAUGGCGGCUCUCCAGUACAAGGGUACAUUGUGGAAAGAAGGAAGAAAGGCAGCAACCUUUGGGUCCCAGUUACCAAAGAGCUAGUCCAAGAUACCAAGUUCAAAGUGGAUGGAUUGCUGGAGGAUACAGAAUAUGAGUUCCGUGUUACAGCUGUGAACCGUGCAGGGCCUGGACAACCCAGCGCAGCCUCAAACUCUGUUGUUGCAAAGGACCCCAUCAAGCCUCCGGGAAUGGUGAAGGGGAUCCAUGUGGUUGACUCUUCCAACUCCAGCAUUUCCUUGGCGUGGGAGCAGCCAGAUCAAGGAGACUUGCCCUCAGGAUACAUACUCGAGAUGCGUGCAGAGAACACCAAGGAAUGGACAAAAUGCUCUAAGAUCCCAAUCUCCGGCACCAGCUACACUGUGGGAGGCUUGCAGGAGAGGCAGAAAUAUUUCUUCCGAAUCCGAGCGGUGAAUGAAGCUGGUGUGGGAGAACCAGCGGAGCUAGAUGAAGGAGUCUUAGCUAUGCCCCCUCCAGCCCCUCCUAAGUUUGAUCUAAGUGCCAAGCUGAAGAGUCAUAUGGUGGUUCGCGCUGGGACAGCCCUCUGCAUUCAUGCUGCUUUUACUGGUUCCCCUCUACCAACUGUGACCUGGCAAAAAGAUGGAAUUCCCACAAAAGGGAGAGAGAUCAUCACCAAAGGCAAGAACCACUCCCAGUUCCUCAUCCACAGCACCAAGCGUUUUGAUUCUGGUGUGUACAGGAUCCUCCUUAGGAACGACUAUGGUGAAGCCCAUUAUGACAUCCAAGUACAUGUGACAGAUUUCCCACGGCCACCAAAGAAUCUGCAGCUGGUUGAGGAAGUGCCGAACACCGUGACUCUGAAAUGGGAUCACACCCCAGAUAUAAUGGAUGAUGGGCAUGCCCAUUACGUCAUCAUGAAACGUGACGCUAGAACUGCCACCUGGUUCACUGCAGCUGAGAAAGUCUACAGUAACAAGUACACCGUCACAGCCCUGGUCCCAGGGAGGAAAUACUUUUUCCGAGUUAUUGCCCGCAAUGACAUUGGAGACAGUGACCCUCUGGAUUCCAAGGAGCCCUGGCACAUCUCUAAAGACAAAGAGCGCUUCAAUAGCAAGUUGAAGGAGUAUCACGAGAGAGACUGGCGCCAGGCCCCCCACUUCAUUGCUCCGCUGAAGAACCAUGCAGUGCACCGGGGCCAGGACUGCACCAUGAGUUGUGCUUUCCUGGGCAACCCCCGCCCGGUGGUGACAUUGUACAAAGGCAAUGUGAACAUCACGGCCAAUUCUAAGUUCUGGUACAACUCAACAAGUGGCGUCUGCACGCUGAUGAUCCCCACCUGCAGCUCCAAGGACAGCGGCGACUACACCGUGGCCAUUGAGAAUGAGCUGGGCCAGGAGAAAUGCAGCUGCGUGUUGACUGUGUAUGAUAAAGAUGAUAAAAGCCUCCUGGACUCAGUGACUGAAAGUCUUCAGAAGUCAAAGCACAUCAUGUAAUCAGCAGACCCGGAUCCAAAUUCAUCCAGUCCAGCAUGCGGAAUAAUUCAAACAUUUCUGUGUAGUUUGACUUAGAUAUGCAUGGCUCAAAACAGCAACUGCACUAUCUUCUCUAGUGAUCAGUGAAACCAAAUGCCAAAAGGUGGGGCCUGUACAAGGGCAGUUUUGAUGUUUCAAUAUUUUCUUCUACAUAGGCAGCUUCCAAAUGCUAGUGUGUGUGAAUGGUAAUAUUUCCAAUAUUGGAUGAAAAUGUAUCUUACAAAUAAAAGGAGCCACAAUCAGUGAGAGUUCUGCUUUGACUUCAAUGGGAGGAGAACUGGGCUAUAUCUGCAUUAGUUAUUGUUACUUUACUGCAGUACUUAGAGGCCCCAGCUAAGCUCUGGGCCUUGUUGUGUCAGACACUGUACAGCCAGACAGUAAGAGAUCGUCCCCAUCCCUAAGAGCUUACCCUCUAGUCUAAAUAGACAAGACAAAGAAAGGAAGUAUUAUUGUCCCCAUUUUACAGAUGGGGAACUGAGGCCAGAGAGACUGUGACUCACCCAAGAUCAUACAAGAAAUCUGCAGUUGAAUCAGAAAUAGCAUCCAGACCUCAACCAUAAAAGGAGAGGUUACUUAUCUUGUACAGUAACUGGUGUUCCAGACAUUUUGUCCCUAUGAGUGCACCACAUGAGGAUAUAUAUGUGCCCAUGCACUCCUGAGCAGAGAUCUUUUUGUUAGUAGUGUCCAUGGGUCUGCAUCUGCACCAUACACUUCCUUGUGCUCCAAUACAAGAGCAUAUAGGGAGUAGUGGAUCCACGCCACUCCAGUUCCUUCUCAACCUCAGAGCUUGGUAGAACCCCAAAGCAGAGGGGAAAGGAGGCGGAUGGUGGAGCUCCAAUAGGGACAAAACAUCUCAAAGAACUCCAGUUGCUUUACAAGGUAGGCAAUCUCUCUUCCUUCUUCGAGUUAUUGUCCCUGUGAGAGCUCCAAGUCAGGAGACCCCCCCCCCCCCCCGAGCAGUACCUCAAUGAGCAGGAGGAUGCUGAGGAGGCAGAUUUUGUACAGAGUUUAAAAUAGCUUCACCAAAGGCUGCUCUGGAGACAUAUACUCAGCAUAAUGCUGAAAGAACAUGUGAACGGAGGGCCAGUUGGCUGCCUUACAAAUGACCUUGAUGGGUACCUUUCUAAGUAGGGCUAUGGAAGUGGGAUUGAACCCUAGUUGAAUGAGCAGUGACUUUAGAAGAGGGGUGCAUUCCUAAGGACUCAUAGCAUGCAAGAAUAUACCUGAAACCCAUUUAGAUAGCACCUAGGUGGAAAGAAAGUGACCCCCUCAUUCUCUUGGUGGAUAAAUUGAAGAGCCUGGUGGAAUUCCUGAAGGAUUUAGUCCUGUGUAGGUAGAAAGUCAGAGCUCUUCUUAUAAGCAGAGUAUGGAGGCUGGUCUCCUCCCUCAAAGAGUGAGGUUUGGAGUAAAAGACCACUAGUUGAAUGUCCUGCUUGAUAUGGAACGCUGAUGAAACUUUAGCGAGGAAGUGAAAGUGGGUCUGCAGGAUAAGGCUUUGAAAUCAUCUGCGUAGAAUGGCAGAGAAUGGUUGCCUCAUGUGGGGAUGAAGAGAGUUGUAAUGUCGCCUCCUCUAUUCUCAGCUGCUGUUCUUCUGGUGGGAGGAUGAGGAGGGCCCUGAAGUGUGGGUGGCCGAGAACCUUAGUGGGUGCUUUUGUGUGAGGGUAAUCUGUAGACUUGGUCCCAAAAAAGCCCAUAGGGGAAGGGCGUAAGGAAAAGGAGUAGGGCCUCCAGGGUGUUCUUGCCGUGGCUGAUGGGCCACCCAUUGGCUGGUUCCUGGGGUCUUGUCCUUAGGGAACACUUUGAGGGAUAUAGGGUGGAAUGGGUAGGUGAUGGAGCCUUGAAUGGAUACAUCUGAAUAAGAAGUAUCCUCUUCCAUGUUCAGUGGUGAAGCUAAAGGAGUCAGUACCAGGGGCUCGGAUUGAUAUCUGGGGCCAAUCCAGCAAUCAUGAUGGUACUGGUGGAGUCUUUAUUUGAGGCUGCAGCAGUACCAGUGGAUGUUGGUUCCAGUUGGUACACAGGUGCCAGUGGGAAAGUCCUCCCAGUACCCCUCAGCAGGGGGCACUCGGGUUCCUCCAGGACAUGAUGGUCCUCAUGAAGGAGGAAGCUGGAAGUCACUAUGAGACCGAGGAUUGCAUCUAGGGGUGAAAGACCUCCAGUGGUACUGGAGAUGGUACUGAUGAUAAACUCACUCUGGAGAAAUCUGGGUGACGUAGAUGGUAUCAGGUGAGAUGAUUUCUUCAGAGUCCAUGCUCUUUGAGGAGUCCUUCCAUGUGGAAGUGUCCAGUUCUGGUACUGACGAGACCACUGUUUGCUGUUUGACAGUGGGUUUCUUGGUCCAUGGCUUCACGAAAGUCUUCCUUGGUGGUGCCGAUGCCUUGCUACUGUGACUGAUAGGAGUCUCAGCAGUACCUGCUUUGGGAUGUGAGGUCUCCUUGUUGCUCCCACAUCUAAGUAGAGACUUAGCCUGUCUAUCAGGGAAGUGGGAUCCCCUACGUUUGACAGUCUUUUGAGAGAUCAAAGCUGUGCCCUGAUUUCUGGUAGAUGGAGCCAGAGCUAAUGAAAUCUCUGGAGCACUCUCCAUGGCUGAGGCCAGUGUACUGGGGGGAGAAAGGGACCCUCCAUGUCUAGGGAAGUACUCCAUAAGGAGCAGUUUUAAAUGGUCUUUCCUUAGUUUUUAAGCUCUGCUUUUGAAGCCAGAGCAAAUCUUACACUUGGACAGGAUGUGAACCUCUCCAGGGCAUCAGAGACACAGUGCCCAUUGCUGAGGGGAAAAGACCUGUGACAGGUCUGGCAAGGCUUGAAUCCUGGGUCUUGGGUAUAACCCACCAGGAAAGCUGCUGCUCAAGAGGUCCCAAGGAAAAAAGGGGGCUCUAACCUCAAAACAAAAAGGCCGGGGAAACCCCCAAAGCAUAAACUGUGCUAAUAAAAUAAACUAAUAGGAAAACAAGAAGAGUAUAAAAGAAGGAGCUGUGUCAGCAAGGUAGCAGACCGUAGAGACUUCUGUCUCGAGCUGCAGGCAGUUGAGAAGGAACUGGCGUGGUGCAGGUCCUCUUCUUCCUAAAUGCCCUCAGACCGCCAUACAAGGAGGCGUGGUGCAAGCGUGGACCCAUGGAUGCUGCUAACAGCAACAAAAUAUCUCCAAUCCAGAGUGCACGGGCGCCCAUAGGGACAACAACUCAGAGAAGACCCGUCCUUCCUCUCUGUAAUAUAUUAUAAUGUUGUUUAUUAUUACCUAACAAAAAGGCCAGAUAGUAAUAUACAAUAUUUAUUGAGACACAGCAAAGGUUUAAAGAUGAACACAGCCGUGAAACUGAUACAAGAUAGAAAGUGGUGGAAAGGCUUCAUUUGGCCCCAUCAUCACUGUUGAGCUGACAAAUGGGAAUCAAAGAAAGAUUAUUAUCUAAAGGCCUGCUCCUGCAAAUAGUAUAACCCAUGUAUAACUCUAUUCAGGGGAAGAGUCCCACAGAUUUCAAUGAAACUACUCCUGGGUUGGCUUCAGUGUUUGUGUGAUCAAGCCCUAAGAACUAAUAAAAAAACGUGAUGGCUUCA